AUGUCAGCGCACGUCAUUAGGGACACUUUUGAGCCGGGACCCGCCCCCACUGGGCGGAAGGAGGAGGCAGAGGCAGGAGGAGGAGGCGGAAGGAGGAGGCAGAGGCAGGGGGAGGAGGCGGAAGGAGGAGGCAGAGGCAGGGGGAGGAGGCAGGAGGAGGAGGAGGAGGCGGGAGGAGGAGGGAGAGGCAGGAGGAGGAGGCGGAAGGAGGAGGCAGAGGCAGGGGGAGGAGGCGGAAGGAGGAGGCAGAGGCAGGGGGAGGAGGCAGGAGGAGGAGGAGGAGGCGGGAGGAGGAGGGAGAGGCAGGAGGAGAAGGAGGCAGAGGAGGAGGAGGCAGGAGGAGGAGGAGGCAGAGGAGGAGGAGGCAGGAGGAGGAGGCAGGAGAUUACAUGA